UGUUGCUAUAAAGAAUCCUCGCGUGGGAGAUGCUGGAGGUAAACUGUGAGCGGACCGGUUCCGGCCCGGAUCCCCAGGGGAGCAAAGAUGGACUCGGUUCUGGAUCCUUUCUCUGCGCUCGACUCUCUGUCCUCUCCGCCUUAUUUCGAGGACGAGGACUUUUUCACGGACCAGUCCUCCAGGGACGGCCCGCUGGACGCCGAGGACUUCCUGGACGAAGACGUGGACUUCCUGAGCUCCCACCUGCAGGACUAUUACAGACAGGCGGCGCCCCCCCACGGGGACUAUGACGUGGGCAGCCUGUCCUUCUCCUCCUCGUCCCCCACCUUGUCCUGCAGCCUGUCCCCGCGCAGCGGCGGGCCGCUGCUGAAGCGCCGCCGGCGGCUGCGCUCUGAGGUGGAGCUGCAGCAGCUGCGUCAGGCCGCCAACGUGCGCGAGCGCCGGAGGAUGCAGUCCAUCAACGACGCCUUCGAGGGGCUGCGCUCCCACAUCCCCACCCUGCCCUACGAGAAGAGGCUGUCCAAGGUGGACACGCUGCGCCUGGCCAUCGGCUACAUCAACUUCCUGGCGGAGCUCGUGCAGUCCGACCUGCCAAUCAGGAACUCCAGCAGCGAGACGCACGGGCCGCCCAAGAAGGUCAUCAUCUGCCACAGAGGAACCAGGUCUCCCUCCCCCAGCGACCCGGACUACGGCCUGCCCCCCCUGGCCGGACACUCGCUGUCCUGGUCGGAUGAGAAGCAGCUCCGGGAGCAGAACAUCAUCCGAACCGCCAAGGUGUGGACCCCCGAGGACCCCCGGAAACAGCAGCAGACGGCCCUGAGGGACAUAGAGAACGAGCCUCCCUUCGGCCUGCUGGCCUGAACAGAACCGGUUCUCCAGAACCGGAACCAUCAAGCCAUUAUGUUAAUGUGGAACCGAGAUGGACCUUUAUCAUGUUGAUAACUAAAGGUGUUUUUCUGCUAUUUAUUCUAUUUUUGUACAGAUGAUAAUAUAUUUAAUUUAAAUGCAGAGGAAGGAAGGAAGGAAGGAAGGAAGGAAGGAAGGAAGGA